AUGGCUACAAGCAAAUCACCACAGGAAGACGUUUCUUCCCCCGUGGAUCUCGACAAUGUCGCUCUACCUGUGCCACGGAAAGAAAAUAUCCUCUUCAAAUUACGCCAUGAUCCUUGGUUUCAAAUUGUGCUCGUUUCUUUCAUUUCCUUCUGCAACCCAGGAAUGUACAAUGCGUUGGCGGGAAUGGGAGGCUCAGGCCAAGUCAACAGCACAGUCUCAGCAAACGCCACAGUCGCGACGCACGCGUGCACAGCUGGUGCCGCGCUUUUCGUGGUCGGUGCUUUCUACAAGUACACGGGACCUCGUCUACUGCUUCUCCUCGGCGGCUGGACCUAUGCCUUGUACGCUGGCGCACUACUCAGCUCAGACCGAACCACGAAUGGCGGUCCAUUUGUGAUUGCCUCCGGAGCACUGCUAGGUCUGGGUGCGGCUUUCUUCUGGGUAGCCCAAGGGACUAUUAUGGUCACUUACAGCACGGACCAGACAAGAGGCAGAGCCAUCGGUCUUUUUUGGGUCAUUUUCAAUCUGGGCGGGACCAUCGGUUCGCUGGCCAGCUUUGGACUUAACUACCAUUCCAAAUCUGGCACCGUCACAGAUUCGACAUACAUCGCAUUCAUUGUCAUUAUGCUUUUUGGCUGGGCGUGCUCCAUGUUUGUGUGCUCAACCGAAACACUGUCUGACAGAUAUAGCGGUGCUCGUAUUGCCCGCGAGUCAAAGGCUCUGAGCUGGCAGAGUCUGAAAGCUACAGCGAUGCAGACCCUGCGGAUUAUUCUCAACUGGAAACAUAUAUGUCUUUACCCCAUGUUCUUCAACGCCAAUAUUUUCUACUCCUAUCAACAAAACGAUGUUAAUGGCAUGACCUUCAACUUGCGCACCCGCUCGCUCAACAGCGCCCUUUAUUGGAUUGCCCAGAUGUUUGGAGGUCUUCUAAUGGGGGUGUUGCUAGAUCUUCCCAGAUUAAACCGCCGAACACGAGCUCAAAUUGGUUGGGGAGUUUUGUUUAUAUCCGGUAUGGCCAUCUGGGGUGGCGGAUACAAAUUCCAGAUUUGGGAUGACCAACGUCUUCGGCUGGGUUUGAAACAAGACAUCGACUACAAGGACGGCAGCAAAUUCCUAGGUCCUAUGUUUCUCUACUUCUUCUACGGCGCAUACGAUGCAUUUUGGCAAGGCUUCUGCUACUGGAUUAUGGGAGCCCAAUCACACGACCCAGUCGUCACCGCGGUUAUUGUGGGUUCAUACUCGGCACUUAAGCCAGCCGGAGGCGCAAUGGCCUGGAGAAUUAAUGCUGAAGGGAUUAGUCCCAUGAUUCAGUUUGCUAUGAAUUGGGGGCUGACUAUCGGCAGUUUGCUGGUAGCCAUUCCGACGGUCAUGACAAUUCAGAAGACCAACUAUGCAUCUGAUGAGAUAACCCAUGAUAUGAAAGAACCCGAGGAGACUGAUGUAUAA